AUGGCCUCACAACAUCACAGCCGCAAUCCGUCGAGUAGAGCAGGCCUUCCCCGAAGGCCUACAAAAGGACCACUUGAUGCUAUCGACGAUCCGCUUGAUACCUCUGAGACAACAGCUCCAUCACAUUCUUCGCUGCAGAGCUCUCUGCUCCCUCAAUCACCGACGAAUCAAGUGGUGAAACCUAGACAGCAAGCAGCUCUGCAGAUAGAGCGGUUGCCUCUGGAGCAAGCGCAGCCUGGCGAAGAGCCGGUGGGAGCGGAAAGGGAUCUCUCCUUUCUGCUCGAUGCGUCCAUAUAUCAUUCUCUCUCCCAACUCGAGGUCCCGGGCCCGUUCAGAAAGCCCUUUCUCCCACCUCCAACCCGCGAGGCCCAACUUACCGGGUCUCUCGAACAGCUUGACGUGUUACUCUCGCAGUGUGACUUUUUGAGAGGCGCACAGCUUGCCGGUUCCAUCUUAACGUCGGGAACUGUUCAACCAACCGAUGCUAAGACGAUAUUCCGGCUUCUUGCUGUCCGCUAUUCCUGCCUGGAGUUGUCCGGUAACCUCUUGCUCGCCGCACAAGAAGCGAAGGCUCUCGAAGACUUGAGCUCGACCUUUUACUACGAUGAUUCGAAUCCAGAGCAAGGAGAGGGGGAAGAUGUCGAAAAGCCGCGCAAGAUUCCUCAUCAUGUUAUGCCCUUCGCCCUUCGGCUGCAAGCUCUACGCCUUCAGAGCAUUGGCUUUUCAGAUCCGCGCCGAGGCGUGACUACUCUUUACGAUACAGCCUCGGAAUGUCGCGAGCACUUGUCUGCGUCGGCGACCUCCUCGAGAGAACGACUACUAUGGACAGAGCGACUGCAAGAGGUAUCCAUCCGAGUGGUCAACGCUCUGAUCGAAAUGGGUGAUCUUGAAUGUGCUAUUCGGACACUAGCAACCGUCAAACCAAGAGAUGCGGAGCAUAUGGCUGUUUGGACGGCGCGAAUGGUCCUCCUCCGGAUCAAAGCCGGUGAUGUCGGUAAUGCCCAUGAGUUGAUCAAGUCCGCGACGCUCAACUCGCCGGAGAGGCUAGCAUUGGAAUCACUUCUUGCUGUUGCCGAAGGCCGAUAUGACGUUGCAUCCCAGAAACUGUCCGAGUGUGAAUCAGAAGCCGAUCUGGCCCUCACAGCCCUAGUGAAACAGAACCUGGCGGUAGCUUAUCUCUACAAAGGGGAGGUUCGAAAGGCCAGGCAGAUGCUUGAAGAGUUGGUCGACGAUGGACACUCAUUCCAGACUUUGACCAUCAAUCUUGCUACUGUCUAUGACUUGAGCUCAGACAGAGCUCGCGAUCUGAAAAUGGCGAUGAUUUCGAAGAUUGCCGGUCAGCGAAAAGAUUCGGGCUACUUGCGCUCGUUUGUGAAUGCCGACUUCAAGCUAUGA